CCGCGGCGGGGCGACGGAUCUUGACCAAUGGCAGUGGUGUUGCUAGGACCCCUCCUGCGCUGGAUUGCUGGACGAAACUGUCAAUUUCUUGGCGAGCAAGCUAGGAUGCGCUCGGUAUAAAGUGCGGUGGCUGGGGCUGCAGCUGUUGCAGUUCUUCAGUCUUGCCCGAAUUGUGAUGUAAAUUGUAAAGAAAAAUAGGCAAACAGUCGUUUGGUUAGAGAAAAAUAAUACAAACAAAUAGUAGAGGAGUUAUAAUUUCUUAUCUUAAGAUGCAACAGUUUAAAAAAAGCACACGAAACGCUUCGAAGAUCAGAACAAAGACUUGGAAGGGGCUCCCUGACUACGGUUGAACUUUUAAUACACUUUUAUUUAUUUUGGAAAAAAAAAGUAAUUCCUACCUUCCUUGCCUUCGGCGAAUGGGUUGAGGAAAAAGUUAAUCGGAUCUUUGAGGUUGGUGGGUUAAGACGUCGGUGUCUCGGGCUGUCGCUCCCUCGUUGUGAGGCUGGUGCUACCCCCUCCCUCCUUCCCUGCCCCGGUGCCGCAACAGCGUGUGGAGACCUGCCACACCGCUUGCCCGCACACCACGGCCUUCACCUGCGUGUUCCAGUGUUUCCCGUGCGAGCCCGCCUGCCUCGGCGCCUCGUGGAGCAGCCCGGAGUUUGCGCUGCGUCCGGUGGUCCCCAUGGUGAAGAUGACGAGAUCCAAGACCUUCCAGGCCUACCUCCCCACCUGCCACAGGACGUACAGCUGCAUCCACUGCCGGGCGCACCUCGCCAACCACGACGAGCUCAUCUCCAAGUCUUUUCAAGGGAGCCAAGGCCGAGCUUACCUGUUCAACUCAGUAGUUAAUGUGGGCUGUGGACCAGCUGAGGAGCGAGUUUUACUCACAGGCCUGCAUGCGGUGGCGGAUAUAUACUGUGAAAACUGUAAAACCACGCUGGGCUGGAAAUAUGAGCACGCCUUUGAGAGCAGCCAGAAGUACAAGGAAGGGAAGUAUAUCAUAGAGCUUGCUCACAUGAUUAAGGACAAUGGCUGGGAGUGACUGAAGGAGGUGCUGGGACCGACCGCCGACUUGUCGACCCUGGAGCCAGAGAAGUAACGGAAGGCUUUGGUUAGAAGUGGAUUGGGGUUGGGGGGGGAAGAUGGGCUGCUCAAAUCCACCUGCCAGAUGCCUGCCUCUGCGUUUUCUCUCAUCACUGUUAUCCCUCGGCAUCCCAGGUCCUUUCUGCUUCUGCUCUGGCCAAAUGUCCCUGGCCCCUCUCCAUUACAGUGUCGGCUGAGCGAUCACAUUGAAGCUUGAGAGGCCGUUCCGCUUCCCAUUCCGUUUUCCCAACGUGCAUUGAGAGCAGUUCUGCUGACGUCUGUCCAAGCGCAGGCCUCAUUUGGGAUUAGUGUGGGAGGGAGGGAGCUUCAGGGGUGGGUUGAAUGUGGAGCUUGUGGCCAACUCCUUGGGCCUUGAAGCCUUGACAGGACCAGGAUAUUCAGUUUGUUCCAUCUGUCAGUUCAACUGAUAUAACCCCCUCCCUUGUGUUCUCCCAUGCUGGUCAGUUAUUGGGAGUGUUCAACUCCUGCAAACACUGGGAGCUGCCCACCCUUCUCAGAAAAUAUAAAUUUGGCCCUAAUGCCUUGAGACAAAGUGUACCCCACCACACCUCUUCACUCUAGCUGUGCAUUUGAUUGGUGCACUGACUGGAGCAGGAAAACAAUGAAGGGCAGAAUGGCCUCAUCUCUUCUCUUACCCCCCCCCCCCCAAAAGGAUGGAUGUUUUUGGACCAAUGAGAGGGAACUCUAGUCACUCAACAAAAAAUCCCUCUAAAAGUGCCACUGUGGUGCCACAGACAUGUUGGGAUGAACAUUGCCAAGGGAAAGCAUAGUGUCGUAAUUUUAAGGGAAUUAUGAUGGGUUCAGGGCAGUCUCUGCCCUGUAAAGCCGCUCAGUCAUUGUCUCCCAUUUUCCUAGUUUUCCCCUCUCCACGUCCAGCCUUCCAGACUUGACCCUGUGUCAUUCAUUUGGGGUGUUGUCUCUGGCUGAAGAAGGUUUGCCCUCUCGUGGCUUUUAGUUCGGCCUUCUGGCUGCCUUUGCCAGUGCUUCAGUUUGUGAGGAGGGAGCAUCUCGGCCACCCUGUGGGUGACUGUGCCUCAGCUGUAGAUCAGGGCAAAGACACCGAAAUGGAGAGAAUAGAGCCUCCUACCAAGGUGUUGUGAAGGAGUGGAACCCCAAAUCCUAAACGAUGGCCCUGAUAAAACAUUGAACUCUGAAGGUGUCAAACAUCGGAGGGACUGAAUUACUUGCCUGGGGAGAGGUGGCUGGCCAGUUUGGCUCUUCCUAUUGGUCUUGGUGAGGCUGCUAGUUGCAAUAAUUGUCACAGAUUCAUGGGAGGGCCUGUGUUAGGACUGAAGUCCCAACAACAAUGACACCACACACCUCUUGGUCCCCUCAGUUUUCCCACUCCCACCCCCAUUUGCUUGGGUUACCUUGAUCUUGUCCAUGGUUUUUGCUCAGUUCUGGGUGCUCUCCCUCAGGGGAGAUACUUGGGCUGGAAAGGGUUGCACUAAGGCAGUGGUUCCCAACCUUUUUUUAAUAUACCAUGGACCAAUAUAAUUAAACAAGGGUUCUGUGGACCCCAGGUUGGGAACCCCUGCACUAAGGAUUGGUCAGGAUAAUACCAAAGUCAAUGGCUUUAAGAUUUGGACAGAUUACAUCAGCAGUGGUUGUUGCUCUGAAUAUUGCAGAUGAUUAAGGACUGAUUAAUUGAGAUUUGUACAGUAGGGCCUAACCUCUUGUCUGUGCUGGAUGGUCUCCAGAAUUUGGAGACGGCCUUGACAUCAGAUCCAGGAUAUUGAAUAUAAUGUCAGAAAGCUCUUCCUUACGCACGCGGGUGGAAACCUGGAACCCUCCCACCCAGAAAACUGAGACUGAGCAUCAGUUGAAGUAGAGGGUGGGGGAUUUGAAGGGUAAUGAGGGACUGUCAUCAGACCAAGACGGGUAGGUGGAACUGAGAUGCAGAUCAACCAUAAAUCUAAUUGAAUGGCAGAACAGGUGUGAGGCUGAAUGGCCUCUUCCUGGUCAUUGCACACAGGAUUGGUCCAAAAGACAUUUGUGUCAGACCAGUUUCCUUCCUUCCUCCUGAAGGUGUGACUGUGGGAGGGAUUUAGCAUGUAUAUUGAAUCUUCUGUUGAUCAACUUGUAAGUAUUGGGAAUCAUUUUCUAUCAACAUCAGCCCUCCCACCAUUAAGUGACCUGUAGGCCUUUUACACUUGACUGCAUUAGACUCUGGUCCCAGUAAGCUUUCUUCGAUCCUUACAAAGUAAUGACAGUGAUGGCUGAGCAACUUGGCCACAAGCACUGUGAAAUCCUUGGCUUGGGCAGACAGACUGACCUCAGAGUUUUCAUGUGUAGCCCGUCAUGGGCACCCAUUAAUAUGUUGACCAAAGCACCUCAGUUUGUACACUGUUAAAUGGAUUGACCUUGUAAGGCCGACCAUAUGAGGCUAUGUUGUCACUGGACUGUGGUUAGUUGGUACCCAAACGGUACAAGAUCCUUCCCUCCUCUACUAAGUUUUGAGUGCUAGGUCCUCUCUUCUGGUGCAGGGGAGCUUUGCACUGUUCACUGUGGUGCAUACAGUAUGUGAAUUUUGCACACUGGCUAUGGGGCACCGCCCAGUAUCCCAGUGACAGCACUGCCAGUAACACCAUUGAAAUCAAUGGCUAAAGAGCCUUUUGUUUCCCAAUUUUGGGCAUUGGUGGGGUAAGGUGGAGCAGAGACUGUUGAGAUGCUCGGACCUACUGUCCAAAGAACAAACCCAACAGAGUGUGGCCGGUUCACUUGGAUGAUGUUGGUGUUUUAAGACGGUGGGGGGGAGAGAACAGAACUUCCAGUAGCGUGUUAGUGGAUAUAUUGUAAAUCCCGCUGUGCCUGUCUUCUCUGCCACGCAUGUAAAACCACGUGUCCAAAGUAAUACCAUGCAGCCUCAGUCACUGGACCUGUCAUCCACCAGGCAAGUCCAAUUGAUUCAUGCAGCCAAUUCUGUUUCCUGGUGGCCAAAGCUGGCUUGUGAUUGGACACUGCUUUGAUCUGACUUUCUCCAACUCCGGCCCCCUCAUUGGCUGCUUGUGGAAAAAGCAGUCCCCUUGACAUCGCCUGAUUGGCUGGAGGACACGCACUCUGCUGAAUCAUCUCUCGUGUGAUAAUGUGCUGUGCCCCUAUUUAAACAAAUUGCUAAUAUAUAUAUACAGAAUUUUGUCUUAUAUUGUGUACUCUUGUAAAUAUUCAUAUUUAAAAAUGUUUUUUAUAAUAUAUUCAGCAAUGCCUGAUCCAAUCCUCUGACUUAAUUUGUAUUUCAAAGUA